UUGGUGUCUCUUUGGUUUUUCACAAACAAGUUGAGGCUCAAGGAAAUGGGGACAAAUCCACUUGAGGACGCUUUUGAGAAGUUCUGUGCAGGAGUGAGCAUAUAUGGUCCUUUUUGGGAUCAUAUGUUAGGUUACUGGAAGGAAAGCUUAAACAAUCCCCAAAAAGUAUUCUUUCUGAAAUAUGAAGAAAUGAAAGAGCAGCCAGAGCUUCAUUUGAAGAAACUUGCAGACUUUUUAGGGUGCUCAUUUUCAUCCAAGGAAGAGGAAGAAAGAACGGUGGAUGAAAUUUUAGAGAUUUGUAGCUUUGAUAACUUGAGUAAUCUGAAAGUGAACAAGGAAGGAAAGCUUCCAUCUGGGGAGGAUUUCAGUGCAUUUUUCCGAAAAGGUGAAGUUGGAGACUGGAAAAACCAUCUGACUCCAGAAAUGGUUGAGCGUCUUGACAACAUCUGUGAAGAAAAGUUCCAAGGAUCAGGGUUGAAAUUUUAACUUGCAUGAAAUGGUAUUUGUAAGAGCUGUAAUCAGGGGUAUCUACUUCAAUAUUAAGAUAAGUAAGCAUCGAAUAAAGGUUAUAUUUGCGUAAACGAUGUAUUUAUGAUGAUGAUAUAAUAUAAUUACGAAGUAAUAUGAUGAUUAUUACUAAGGUUUAUCGAUA